GACAAAACCAGAUCCUCAUGUUGACAAAAGACAAGUAAGAGUCCAGAAUCGAUCGUAGCGCCCCCCAUUCGGGGUUGUGUACUAACGUGGGCUUGAGGUCACCUGACCUCCAAGUGUUGAGCCUCUACUCCAGUCUAUCCUCUUUAUUGGUUCCACGAAUCUGAAUACUGAGUGUAAAGUAGCCCAUAUAAGAGACUGUUGGUGUUGGUUGUGGCAAAAGUCUAGCACGAAUAUAUCAGGAUGACAAUUUUGCGAAUGAGAAAUGUCCUUCGGCUGGACUACAACGUCUUGUUGCCAAAAAUUUCAUAUUCAUGGGCAACAAGUUCAAAUGCAUCUAGAAAUUAUGCUACAAAAGGUGAUAGUCCAGCCGGCAAAAAUAUCGUCUAUGUCGAUGGUGUUCGAACCCCAUUUCUGAUGUCUGGCACUGAUUAUGGUAAACUAAUGCCCCACGAAUUGGCGGCCCAUGCUCUGUUAUCUCUGCAGAGAAAAACAAACAUCCCAAAAGAGAUGAUUGACUACAUCGUGUAUGGGACAGUAAUACAGGAAGUGACAACCGCGAAUAUCGCUCGUGAGGCAGCUCUAGCUGCUGGAUACAGUGACCGGACACCAGCACACACAGUCACAAUGGCGUGCAUCAGUAGUAAUAUGGCUAUGACAACUGGAAUGGGCCUCAUUGCUUCUGGAGCUUAUGACGUUAUAGUAGCUGGUGGUGUGGAAUCAAUGUCAGAUAUUCCUAUACGACACAGUAGACCCAUGCGCAGUAUUAUGCUCAAGGCAGCAAAGGCCAAAUCUCUGGGGCAAACCCUCUCUCUCCUGGCAUCCAUUCGUCCCAAACACUUCAUGCCAGACCUGCCAGCAGUGAGCGAAUUCUCGUCUGGAGAAACUAUGGGUCACUCAGGUGAUCGUUUGGCUUCGGCCUUUGGUAUAUCUCGAUCUGAACAAGACGAAUAUUCCUUACGAUCUCACAAACUUGCCCAAAAGGCACAGCAAGAUGGAAAUUUGAGUGAUAUGGUGCCCUUCAAAGUGCCUAAUGUCAAUAAAACUGUCGAUAGAGAUAAUGGAAUCAGGGUGUCCAGUCCUGAGAAUCUAGCAAAAUUGAAACCAGCUUUUGUCAAGCCUUAUGGCACAGUCACAGCUGCCAAUGCGUCUUUCUUGACUGACGGAGCCUCAGCUGCCCUUAUUAUGACUGAAGAGAAGGCGAAACAAUUGGGACUGAAACCGAAAGCUUAUUUGAGGCAGUUUACUUAUGUAUCGCAAGAUCCAGUCGAUCAAUUAUUACUUGGGCCUGCAUACGCAAUUCCAAAGGUUUUGAAUCUUGCAAAAUUGUCUCUUAACGAUAUUGGGGUCUGGGAAGUGCACGAGGCUUUUGCUGCUCAAAUCCUGGCGAAUCUGAAGGCUAUGGAUUCGGAUUGGUUCUGCCAACAAUAUAUGAAAAGAAGUGGCAAAGUUGGAAUUCCGGAUCUGGCGAAAUGGAAUGCUUGGGGAGGUUCCCUGUCAAUUGGACAUCCAUUCGCUGCUACUGGCGUGCGUUUGGCUACGCAUACCGCUAAUCGUAUGAUCAAGGAAGAUCAACAGUUCGGUCUUAUUGCUGCCUGUGCUGCUGGUGGACAGGGAGUCGGCAUGAUCAUGGAAAGGCAUCCGGAUGCAAAAUUAUAAAUAAAAUUAGUCCAUAUUUUUUAUAAUGUCAACCAGAAAUCGUGAUCCUCUACAGAAUUCCGAUGUCUGGCAGACCAAAAUCGUUCCACAAAAACUUUAGAGCGACAAAUAUAUUUUCUAAUUAAUUUCAUACAAAAACUGUUUUUAUAACGAGAAUAUUAAUGUUAAUAAUUGAAGAAAAUCGUGAUCAUAUUUCAGAGUGCGUGAAUCCUCCAUUUAUUCUAACGUUUGUACAUCAAAUAAAGAUGGCAGAGAAUUUGUUGUAA